GGGCGGGUUUCCUGGCGGGGCAGCGCUAGCGCGGGCCGGUGGCGCGGCGUGGGCAGGUCCGUGAGAACUUCGCCGAGUCCGCCCGCGGCGGAGGCGCGCCCGUGUCCGCGUCCGGGAAAGGCCACCCGCGGCCCCGCCGCCUAUGCUCGGCAUGGCCGGCCGCCUCGGGCGCGGGAUGUGCUGGGGCAAGCGGGGCCGGGGCAGCCGCGGCGGGGGCGCGCUGCUGGCCCUGGGGCUGCUGGCCGCCGUCGGCUUCCUCGCCUGGCGGCACGGCCCGCCGCCCCGCCACGCCGCCCGCCGCGCCCCGCCGCAACCGCCGCCCGCCGCCGCCGAGCUGCUGCGGAAGCCGGUGUACACGAAGCCGGCCCUGGACCCGGGGGCGCCGGGCGAGCUGGGCCGGGCGGUGCGGCUGGAGCUGAGCCCGGCCGAGAAGCGCCGCCAGGAGGAGAGCAUCCGCCGGCACCAGAUCAACAUCUACCUGAGCGACCGCAUCUCGCUGCACCGCCGCCUGCCCGAGCGCUGGCACCCGCUAUGCCGAGAGAAAAAGUACGAUUAUUAUAACCUGCCGAAAACCUCCGUUGUGAUAGCUUUUUAUAAUGAGGCUUGGUCAACGCUUCUGCGAACUGUUCAUAGUGUUCUUGAGACAUCUCCAGAUAUACUUUUGGAAGAAAUUAUCCUUGUAGAUGAUUACAGUGACAAAGAACAUUUAAAGGAGACUUUGGAAAACUACGUGGCUGGCUUGCGCAAGGUGCGUCUUAUCCGUGCCAAUAAGCGCGAGGGGCUGGUUCGAGCCCGGCUGCUGGGGGCGUCUGUGGCAAAAGGAGACAUCCUGACGUUCCUGGACUGCCACUGCGAAUGUCACGAGGGCUGGCUGGAGCCACUGCUGGCAAGGAUUGCGGAAGAAGAAUCAGCUGUUGUGUGCCCUGUUAUUGAUGUUAUUGACUGGAACACAUUUGAAUACUUGGGGAAUGCUGGUGAGCCACAGAUUGGUGGAUUUGACUGGAGGCUGGUCUUCACCUGGCACAGUACCCCGGAAAGAGAACAGAAACGGCGCAAGUCCAAGACCGAUGUGAUCAGGUCUCCCACCAUGGCAGGUGGAUUGUUUUCUGUGAGUAAGAAGUAUUUUGAUUAUCUUGGUUCGUAUGACACAGGAAUGGAAGUCUGGGGUGGAGAAAACCUUGAAUUCUCAUUUAGGAUAUGGCAGUGUGGAGGAAGUCUUGAGAUCCACCCUUGCUCCCAUGUAGGUCAUGUUUUCCCCAAACAAGCUCCGUACUCACGGUCCAAAGCUUUGGCAAACAGCGUGCGUGCAGCUGAAGUGUGGAUGGAUGAGUACAAAGAACUUUAUUACCACCGAAAUCCACAUGCUCGCCUGGAACCAUAUGGAGAUGUGACAGAAAGGAGACUCCUUCGGGAGAAGCUGAAAUGUAAGGACUUCAAAUGGUUCUUGGAGAACGUGUACCCAGAGCUUCAUGUACCUGAGGACAGACCAGGCUUCUUUGGAAUGCUGAAGAAUAGAGGAAUGGCAAACUUUUGUUUUGAUUAUAACCCUACAAAUGAACAUCAAGUAACUGGACACAGGAUCAUACUGUACCCAUGUCAUGGCAUGGGACAAAAUCAGUUUUUCGAGUACACAUCCCAUAAUGAAAUACGUUACAACACUCGACAGCCAGAAGUCUGUGCAGCAGUCGAUUCAGGGACAGACUACUUGACAAUGUACUUGUGUCAAGAAAAUGUCCACAGUAUUCCUGAAAAUCAGAAAUUUGUUUUGAGAGAGGAUGGUACCUUGUUUCAUCUACAAACCCAGAAGUGCGUACAAGCUGAGUCAAAUGCUUACAGUGGUAACCCAGCACCAUUGUUACGACCGUGUACCAAUUCGGACUACCAAAAAUGGUUCUUCAAAGAAAGAAGUUGAUCCAGAUGUCUUCUAGGAUAUAGCUGAAUACGAAAAUGUGCUCUUUCUAGCCAGCAGUUAGUCAGCCUUUUGAAAAUCACAUAAGUGAUAUAUUUUUGUAUGGAAAGAACUGCAAUUAGUUUACAAGCCUUGGGUUUCGUUUUCUGGAGCAUUAAAAGGCACUAAGCAUUGAGAGCUACGUAAAGUGCAGUGUGGUGGUUAUAUCAUUCCACAGAAUCUGAUCCUCUUCUCUUUGUUUGGCAGCUACAUAACUGCUUCUGAAGUGUCUUAGGUUCUUUUCACAAGUGACAAUAUAUUAUUUUAAUCUGCUGUAUGAAAGUAAGGCGGUCAAAGUAAUUGCACUAAUGUUAUCUGCCAAUAACUUAAAAUGUUUAUUUUUCUAUUAAAACAUUCUGCAGUUGGACCUUUUAACGGAUAGUAGUUAAUAAUUCUUGUCUUAAAUACAAAGAAGGUAAAUGUCGGCCAGAUUCUCCCAUAACUGACUACCACAAAACCCUCACUGAAGGCUGUGGAUUUGCACAUGAAGGCAGAGUAGGUCUGCAUGUUUUUGCACAAAUAACAAUCUAGAUGCAUAUGGAUUGCACAUGCUUGACAAUGCUAUACGUUAAAUGUUGUGACAAUUUAAGAUGCUCAUGGCACUUGACGAGUUUCUAAUUAUGCUUGAGUCUGAGUUUGGAGUAAAAUGGGGAUUUUCUCAUUUUUCUUAAAGAAGUAAGGCAACAAUAUUCAAAGGUGAUGCUCUGGGAAAAGCUAUUUGGAUUCACAUGGAUCUAGCUAUAUGGCUGUGUCCCAGAGUGCACAAUGUACUUUAUAAUGAUUUUCAACAUGCGUAAAACUUGCAAGAUCAGACCUAGCAAUAAUUCUUUUGACAAAUUUCAAAAUUACAGUUAGAAGAAAUAAAUCUAAGAAACUGUAUAUUUCAUUAAAUUUUAAACAUUUAAAUAGUUCAUAUAAAAACAAUUAUAUGAACAAAAAUGGUUUUGUAUCUAAUUGAUAUGAUAUGCAGCUGAUGUAUUAAUACAAAAAGAAUUGUCUUUCAGGUAUCACUUGCAUUUUGUCUGGGAACUCCUUUCCUGAUAAGUUUGCCAUGUCAGCACAUACAAGCCCUAUUGAAAAUACAGGGUUUAAGCUUCACCAGGUACAAGAUGUUUUCUGCCGUGGUAUGUGAGAUCCGCCUUACCCAAUCAGACAAAUAGCAUAUGUAGCAAUGUAUUUGGUCACUGACCGCCGUUAUUACAACGCCGAUUGAAAGGGUUUCAGGUCAUAAGGAAAGUUUCUUUCUGUGUCAGCUGGAGUUAUGCUGGCAUGCAGAAGCAUGAAAGUGCCAGCCUUUUUCCCCUCAGAAGUCUUGGCAUCUGUUUCAGUUAGUUUUGGAUGUAUUUCAUUAUUUUUGCCUUUGUUCAUGUUUUCUAUUAAAAAUGUACAGCUUUUUGUGUGAAUCCUCAUAACCUUAUGCCAUUUUGGCAUACCUAUUUAUAUGAUUAGGUAGGGGGUGGGGGGAGGGUUUCUGCCUGUAAGUGAUGCAUAUGUGGCUUCUUUGAAGGUCUUUCUAAACCCAUGUAGUUAGAAUGUUUUUGUGAGCACCUUUGAAGUUUUGUCUCUGUGGGCUGAACUGAUGAAAUUGAUACUAGAAUUGAUACUAGAAUAAAUGAAAUAUUUUGUGAUUCAGAA